CAGAGCAGCAACCGACUGACAGGAGGAGAGAGAAGCAGCAUCCAGCAUCAGCAGCUCCGCAGAACCAAUCAUCGUCCAUUGGUUUGGGGGUGUUCCUCCCUGUAAACAUGGCGUUAGUAUUGCCUUUCCUGCUUCUGCUUCUGCCAAGUCCUGCCCUCUCCAGCCAACAUCUGCAGACAGGAGCUCAGCGCGUCUCCAGAGACAUCAAACCCCAGCCUAUUAAACUUGUUAUUUCGGACACAUGUGCACAAGAUGGGGCCAAAGACAGAGAGCUAGACUUGGAUCCCGAUUCUCCUCUGGUCUUGACCCAUCGGAUCCGUCUGGUGCCAGGGUCAGGUUCAGCUUGUGGUCAGUGCGAGCUGGACUUCGCAGCCCUGCGUGAUCGCAUUGAAAGACUGGAGAAGGAGGUGUCUGAUCUGAGGGAGAAAUGUGGAGGUCCAGAAGGAUGCUGCAGCUCCCAACAGAGCAAAGGUGCAGUCUGUACCACCAUUCGUCCCACGACCGACGAGUGUCCAGAUGACUGCAGUGACCAGGGUCGCUGUGUAGAUGGCAAAUGUGUGUGUUUCCCAGGAUUCAGCGGGCCUGACUGCAGCGUGCCCGACUGCCCUGAUGACUGCAGCAGCCAGGGCCGAUGUGUGAACGGCCAGUGUGUGUGUGACCCAGGCUUUACCGGCCCAGACUGCUCCUCCAGCACAUGUCCUGAUAACUGCAACGACAGGGGCCGUUGCGUAAACGGCAGGUGUGUGUGUGAUGCUGGAUUUACCGGGCCUAACUGCGGGACACGGAGCUGUCCGGAUAACUGUAACAAGCAUGGUCGCUGCGUGAACGGCCAGUGUGUGUGUGAUGCAGGGUUUACCGGGUCUGACUGUGGAACACGGGGGUGUCCGUCUAAUUGCAAUAAAAGGGGCCGCUGUGUGAAUGGAAAAUGCGUGUGCAACUCAGGAUUCGCUGGUCAGGACUGCUCUGAGAUGUCCUGUCCGGGGAACUGUAAUGACAGGGGCCGAUGUUUGAACGGACAGUGCGUGUGCGAUCCUGGCUUCUCUGGGCCGGACUGUUCUGUCAGAACAUGUCCAGAGAACUGCAACAAUCGUGGACAGUGUGUAAACGGCAAGUGUGUCUGUGAGAGUGGCUUUACGGGCCCCGACUGCUCGUCCAGAUCUUGUCCUGGAGACUGCAGUAACCACGGCAGAUGCGUCGACGGCCGCUGUGUGUGUGAUAACGGUUUUACUGGACCGGACUGCUCGACCAAGACUUGUCCCAAUGAUUGCAAUAACAAAGGCAGAUGUGUGAAUGGGAAGUGUGUCUGUGAAGUGGGCUUCUCCGGUCAGGAUUGCUCCACCAAAACCUGCCCCAACAACUGCAGUUACAAGGGCCGCUGUGUGAGGGGCCGCUGCGUGUGCCGGCGUGGUUUCACGGGGCCCGACUGCCGCGAGUGUCAGUCUGGCUUCACAGGGGAAAACUGCGACACUGCACUGGCGGGCGUCUCGCGUCUCAACACCAGGGACAUCACUGAGUCAUCUGUCACUCUGUUCUGGACUCCACCUGCCGUGCAGUACGACACCUACCACAUCACCUUCACCAGCAGGAAAGAAACAGAUCAGAAAAUAAGCUCCAAAAUCACUGGCAGACUGAGCACCUACACUCAGAUUGGACUGGCUGCUGGACAGGAGUACACGGUCAGCAUCACCGGAGAGAAAGACGGCAUGAUGGGAACGGAGAGCACAGCAGAAUUCACCACAUUGAUCUCUGGCCCAAAAGACUUGCAAGUUGUGAAGACAACCACUACAUCAGUCAUUGUCCAAUGGGAGAAAGCACAGGGGGAGAUUGACAGGUACGUCCUCUCCGUUGCACCCAAUCAGACAGAUGGAUCGAGCAGACUUCCAGAAAUGAACCUGCUGCCGGAAAGAGAUUCAGCCCAGAUCAACAGCUUGGAGCCGGGCCGCUUGUAUUACAUCUCAUUAGUGGCAGAGAAAGAUAGCAUCCGGAGCCUGCCAGCAACCGCACAAGCAACUCCUGGGAAUGCCUCAGUGCCUGUGACCAGGAUGACCACAGAGACGCCGGCCGUGCAGGUAGACGACAACAAAGAAAAGACACCAAGGUUCACAAACACAACACUCUUCCUGCAAAAGCAAGGACUGAGCAAAGGGGGCCAAUUGACAAAAGGGAAGGUUGAAAAUCUAGAAAGAACAGGGAAUAUGAGCAGACUCAAAACAGGCAUACUUGUUAGACCUGGGCAAAAAAGACCACAUGGGAUGCUUCCCAAACCCGGUACACAAACCAUAAGAAGACCUUAUAGUCCAGAGAUAAAACAUUUCAAUUCUUCCCAGAUAGGAUCAAAAGGGGGAAUUGUUGUGCCUUCUUCAAAUAAGUCAAGAACAUGGUAUCCUCUGAGACCAAGAAACGCUAAUGUAGACUCAGCUUCUCCUGUCUCUGGUGGUAAACCAUUGGCACUGACAAUGAAAGAGACAAGAUCUCAGGAGGGAAACGCUGAAACCAACUUUAGAAGAGAAUCUGUCAAGACACCCGGACAUGCCAGUCCAAGCUCCACCUUCCAAAAACACAUAGCCACCCCAUUUGCCACCCCACUGCCCUUCACAAACGUCACUGAAUCGACCGAAGAGCCAACAAUUACAACAGAAAAAAACCUAACAGCCUAUAUUAAUGGGACAAAAUGUGUUCGAAAGGUUUUGGUUGGGUACAGAAAGAUACAUGGAAAUAUGUCAGAUGGCAAUGCACUGACCAAAAACCUGACCGUUAUAGUUGGCCAUUUAAAUGGAAAUGAUAUCUUACACAAACUUCUGACAGACGGAUCUACAGUCAAUGCAAUGGGGGUUACAGGGCCUGAAGCGGAGACAUCUGAAGCCAGAAGGAGUGUGAAAGAGCAAGUAGGAGAGGAGGAAACUGAUGAAGAGACAGUGGAAAAGAAUGCAAAUGUAAUGAAUGCCACUCCCUUUUCAACGAGAGAGCCUGAGACAACACUUUACCAGCCCCUCACCACCACAUCUGCUCCUUCAUCCCUACACAAUCAUCACCUCCCUACACCACAAUCUUUGGCACAACCUGAGAGAGUGAAUCAACAUACAACAAGAAAUCAGUCAACAGCAGAAAGACCGCCUCAAAAAAACAGUAUGCGGGCAUUUUCAUUAUCCAUCCCCAGACAGCCAACUAGACCAAAAGCCCCAAGUUUAGGUUCUCCACCAAUAGUAGGUAGACCGCUUUUUAAGUCAAAUUCCUCUUCCACAUCUUUAGAGACACAAAAACACAAGCAUACAUCUUGGCCUAGUCCCAUCGCCUCUCGUUUUGCAAAAGAACCGCAUGUUGAGAAGGAAGUGCUAAAUUCAAUUCCAUCCGCAAGGCAAUUCCAAGAUUCAACUCCUGAACUUGCUCACAAGUUCAAAACUGAGACUCCAACUCCAUCGCCAGUCAAAUUCCCCCUGAAAAAAGACACUGCUAUAAAAAACAGAGGCGUCAAAGAAUCAGAUCUGAUGCCAUAUCGGCGCACACCGUUUAGGGGUUCCUAUCCUCGUCGUCCUUUUCAGAACCGUACGAGGCCAAUUCUAGAGUCACCUCAGCACCCCUACCAGGGACUACCAGUAAGACGGCCUUUUCCUUCAAAAGCCAUUAUCAGAAACAACAAGACUAUCAACCAAGGAGGUCCUGUCCAACCAGUAAACUCCGCUUUAACCCCUGCAAAAGAAAAUGGCACUAGUAUUAAGAUUAGACCGAAUGUAAUUCUCAACAGGACCAAUGGUUCAUCCAACAGACAUUCCCAAAUAAAACACGGUGGUAAUACUCAAGUGGGCCCAAACAUCAGUCAGUAUGGAAAAGGAAACUCUGACAGUUCUUCUUCCACAGACCAUCCCACAGAUAUUGAUAAUAGCGCUCAGGAAUAUGUGUUGAGCGAAACAGAUGCCUCCAUUGAGCAUGUGGCGGUCAACAAUGUGACAUCAACAGGGUUUGUACUAAUAUGGGGUGCACCGAAAGAAAAGUUCAAACACUUCAUAAUCACUCAAACUGAGCUUGGACCAGAAAACAAAGACAAGGAUGAGAUGAACGAGAAGAAUGAGGAAAAAGAAAAAGAUGAUGAUGAUGAGAAGGGCCUUAAGACAACAGCAGCAAAGAAAAGUAGUUUGAGCAAGGGAAAAAGUAGAGUCUAUGAACUCGUACCUAAUGUACAGAGUCCAAAGAUGAACAAGAGUGGAGAAAACAUUACAAGCUUUACUACAGUUCUCCCUGGAGUGGCACACUCACACCAAAUGGCGAAUCUCUCGCCACAGAGCAGGUACUCUGUGUCCAUCUUUGGGAAGGGACCAAUGUUUCGCUCCAAAACUCACAACCUCAUCGUACAUACAGGCCCUGAGCCUCCAUCUAAUCUCGCCUUCAGCGAUGUGACCGACAGCUCUUUCAUGGUGUCCUGGACCAAACCCAAGAGCAAGGUGUCUGGAUUCAAGAUCACGUACACUCACGUGCAAGAAGGUGAGCCGAUCUCUGUCAGCGUGGACUCAGAAAUGGUCCAUCUGGCCCUCUCGCCGGUGUCUCCUGGCUCCACCUAUGAGGUCCGUGUGAUGUCUGUACUCGGACAAGACGAAAGUGACUCCAUCCAGGACACUGUAACCACUUUGCCCGACCCACCGACAGACCUGAGGGCCAUAAACGUCACAGACAGUAAAGCGCUGCUCCUGUGGAGACCCGCCUUGGCUACCGUCGACCAUUAUGUCAUUGUGUAUAGUUCUGACACAGCACCUGGGCCUGGAAUCAGCAUCAGAGUGUCUGGCAACGCUGCCGAAGAGCAGCUGCAGGCGCUGCAGUCCUCCACACGGUACAGAGUGAGCGUUCACAGCCAGCUGGGAGAUCGGAGCAGCUCCAGAGCCACCACAGCCUUCACUACAUCCAGCAGUAAAAAAGGGGACAGUCUUCGUGAUCUCAAAGCCAGUCAGGUUACACCUCGUACCGCGGUUUUGUCUUGGAAAGCACCUGUAUCAGCCGUCAACAGUUACAGGCUGAGCUAUUACACGGAUGGCCAGGACAUUCAGGAAGUGAUUAUUGACCACACGGUCAAGGAGUUGAAGUUAAGCAGACUGUUCCCAUCGUCGACAUACACAGCGCACCUGCAGGCCGAGCGGGACGGUCUGUACAUGAGCGCCGUCUCUACAGACUUCACUACCGGGAAUCUCCGGUUUCCGUUUCCCACCGACUGCUCGCAGGAGAAGCAGAAUGGAGCGCUGGAGUCUGGCAUCGUGGAGGUGUUUCCACAGGGCCGCGAGGGAAAGCCGCUGAUGCUUUACUGUGACAUGGAGACCGAUGGAGGAGGAUGGACGGUCUUUCAGCGAAGAAAGGAUGGGCAGAUGAACUUCUUCAGGAGCUGGCAUGAAUACAGCAAUGGAUUUGGAGUGCUGGAUGGGGAAUUCUGGCUCGGAAAUGAGCAGCUUCAUAACUUCACUAAGACGAGUCCAAUGACACUGAGAGUCGACCUCAGAGCCGGAGACGAGUCCGUGUACGCACACUAUUCCUCGUUCUCCAUCGACAAUGCGAAAAAACACUACACCAUCAGAGUGUCUGGAUAUUCUGGCACAUCUGGUGACUCACUGACGUACCAUAACGGAUGGCCGUUCUCCACGCGGGACAGAGACCCUCAGCCGUUCAUCACACGCUGUGCCAUGUCCUACAGAGGUGGUUGGUGGUAUAAGAACUGCCACGAGGCCAAUCUCAACGGCCUCUAUAACACAAACACCAACCACCAGGGAGUGAUCUGGACCGAGUGGAAAGGCAAAGAUUUCUCCAUUCCCUUCACUGAGAUGAAAUUCCGCCCAGCCUCAUUCAGGCCCUGAACAAGAGGAUAAACGCAUUAGUGCAGGAGAGCCGGGAUGCCCUCCCAUUAUGGACAAAAACAUAAACACACCUUCAUUGAAAAACAAGUAUCAUUACUGCAUGUACAGUAUAACCACACAAUCAGGCUACAUAACUACAUCUACACACGUACUCCAAUUGAAAUGUCAAGGCCAGAAAGGCUGUUUAUCUGUAGUCUAUAUGUAGUAUUGUACAGUGUUUGGAUUCUCUGUGGUCUGUACAUUGUGACGCCCCACAGCAGCUGGAGGAAAUAUUAUGCACUGCCUUUUUCUCUACGAUGAAGCUGUGGACUAGGUGUCACAUAUAUCAGCUUGAACUAUCAAGAAUCUGAUGUUUGUAUUCAUAUUGCUUUGUAUGUACCUUAUUUCAGUGUCUUACAGAGAGAUUUCAUAAAAUAAAAAAAGCUGUAAGUUGGUAUAUGUUAGUGUUUUAACAUUCUAUGGCUCUAUAACAAAUGUAUAUUUGAUAUAAA